GCCUCACUUCAGGACGGUCGUGUGCAAAAUGCAGCUGUCACGGAGGCAGUGUCAGGUUGUGCGAUGAUUUCAUCUAUUUUUUCUCAAUUUUCCGCGAAUUUAGGGCCUCCGAGUGACAAAUAAUGGUGCAAAAUUGUCGUGUGUAGUGCGGUGAGAGAGACGCCAUAGAAAUUACCAAUGACGGACACGAGUGGGACGGACAGUUCGGAGGAAUUCUUCGAUGCUGAAGACACCACACCAAAUCGCAUCACAGGAAGGAAAAAGUCCCCCAAGACAAAUGUGAACAGCAAGGGAUUCGCCUUCCCGGACGCCGCGGGGGCGUCCAGGAAGAGUCCACCCGAUGGCGGAUCUCGCGUCUCUUCCGCCACAAAUUCUUCCUCGUCCACCUCCGUCACGGUGCAACUGCAGCAGUUCCAGCAGCCGGCCAGUCUCCAGGAGGUCCUGAGCAGCAGCUCGUCCACGCGAGACGAUGACUUCGUGAAGCCCAAGCCUCAAGGAUUUGGUAGACAACGCUUCCGUGAGUUGCGACAGUGCAUGCAAUACGACGAAGAUGAGAAUCCUGGCAACACUCUGACGCCAGAUUCACAGAAUAGCUCAGUUGAAGGUGUCUUCCCAACACCGAGACCAUCUCACCCAUUUCGGAUUAUCGAGCAUGACACAGUGAGUGUUCAGAGUAUGACUUCACUGGGUCGCGUUGGACGCAUCUUGGCCGGAAGCAUAGAUCCGUCAGGUAUUAGUGUUGGGCGAGAUUCCAAUCAACUGUCCUCGGGGGGAUCAUCAAAGGUCUCACCUCAGAGCGUGGGUGCGAACAGCGUUGGCGGUGGGAGUGUUGGAGGAGGCAUGGGGAGCUCCCAGGUGCUGGGUGAUCAGCAGGAGAGCGCAUCUGUUGCCAUGGCUUCCAGUUCAAAGAGUGAUCUAGGUGAUAAGGAUAAAGGGGAGACCAAUUGUGUGAGUGAAGGGGCCUCAGAAUCGGCUUCAGAGCGCCGGGAUGAGGAGAACUGUGGCAUAAGCCUGCAGGAGCCGGAUGUAAUUGCUAGCACAAAGCUGGCUCACUCAAAGACCACGGACAGUCUCACGGCUUCGGGUCCCGUUGCGCCGCCCAGGAGGAAGAAGAAGGGCCGUAAACUGUCGUCGAGCUCCUCUGAGCAGUUCAAUCUCAACGAGGGUCUCAAGUUACCACCCAAUGACACUCAGGAUGCGGACGUGGUGGUACAGGAGAAUGCCAGCGGUGCAGAUGGAGAGCGGAGUGUAGUGCAAGAGACACCAACCAGUGCAAAGAGACCACCUCACUUGGGAUCGAUGGGAAGGAUAAGUCAGAGCUUAGGCAGUUCCUCGCCGUCAGUGUACUCUAAGCCUAGUCCGUCGAACAGUGCAAAGAGCAAUUCAGCGCCGGGACGCGUAAGUUCGAUAGAUCCGAGUCAGGGACUCAAUCUUUAUAAAGUGAUCCGAGGGCAGUACGUGGUGAAACCGCAGGACGAGGAGGCGAACAAGGCUGAGGGCCCUUCUAAAGAGGAGAUUGAGAGAAUUGAGAGGAUCCGUGGAGAGAUUCUGAACAGCACUCCACGGGAGAGGGGAAUAAGUCUCUCGGGAACAGGGACGAACAGCUUAGGAAGUGCCACGAGAUACAAAAGUCCUGGUCAUGUGAAGGAGCGCCGAAAGUCGGCUGGAGAUGAGGAGAUCAUUCGGCAGAUGAAUGUCUAUGUUCGCACAAGAACUGACUCUGGGAAAGUGCUCAGUGACUUGGAGAUUCUGCAGCAGGUUCCAGUGAAAAAUCUAGACACGGGAGAGAAAUUUCCAUUGUCUGCUGUUGAAGAGAAAAUCCCAGCCACCGAUCUUAAUCCACUGUCUCUGCAUAUUCUCCGUCUCACGAGUCAUCUUGAGCGAGAGUCUGACGAUGAGAGUGUCGUUGGGCGUCCACCGGGCUCUGAGCCGCCACCCAUUGACGAGGAGGAGGGCGAUGUUGAGGAUCGUGGUAGAUUGCGGCGGAAUACGGCACGCUUGAAGAGAUUCUUCGGUUCUACAAUGAGGAAGACGGUGGACAAGGCAAAGUCAAUAGCUUCGGAAGUGUCGCAUGCGAGGCACAAGGAGGACGUGGCUGACGUGGUGGAUGUGGUGAAUCCUGAGCAGAAUAUCAAGAUUAAGGCGUCCAGUACAAACAAGGGUCCGUAUGAAUUUGCCAAGCUGCAGCAUGUCCAGGACUUGUCUGGGGAACACACAGGAGCGGUGUGGUGCAUGAAAUUCAGCUCUUGUGGACGACUUCUGGCUACAGCUGGGCAGGACAAGGUGCUAAGAAUCUGGGUGCUGAAGGAUGCAUAUCCAUUCUUUCAGGAUAUGAGGACAAAGUACAAUGCUGAUCAGAAGUCCUCGCCGACACCGUCCCAGGAGUCCCUGGUGUCGCACAAUUCCGCUGAGGAGGCCCUUGCGAUGGCGGCGGCAGCGGAAAAGUCUCCCGGACCAUUUAUGCCGCGCUCUUUCUGCACUUACACAGGUCACACGUCGGAUCUGCUGGAUGUAUCAUGGUCGAAGAAUUACUUCAUCCUAUCCAGCUCCAUGGACAAGACGGUGCGCUUGUGGCAUAUCUCGCGAAGGGAGUGUCUCUGCUGCUUCCAGCACAUUGACUUCGUCACGGCAAUUGCUUUUCAUCCGCGCGACGACAGAUACUUCCUCAGUGGGAGUCUGGAUGGGAAGCUGCGUCUGUGGAAUAUCCCGGAUAAGAAGGUGGCACUGUGGAAUGAGCUGGAUGGCCAGACGAAGCUGAUUACGGCGGCAAAUUUCUGUCAGAAUGGCACAUUUGCCGUGGUGGGAUCGUACGAUGGGCGAUGCAUCUUCUACACAACGGAUCAGAUGAAGUACCACACGCAGAUCCACGUGAGAUCCACGCGCGGGAGAAAUGCCAUAGGGCGGAAGAUCAGUGGAAUUGAACCGAUGCCGGGAGAAGAUAAGAUUCUGGUCACAAGCAAUGAUAGUCGCGUGCGUCUGUACGAUUUGCGCGAUCUCAAUCUCAGCUGCAAAUACAAGGGAUACCUCAACGUGUCAUCCCAGAUCAAGGCUUCUUUCAGCCACGACGGCAAGUACAUUGUGGCGGGAUCUGAGAAUCAGUGCAUCUACAUCUGGAAGACGAACCAUGACUACUCCAAGUUGAGUUCCGUGAGGAGAGAUAGGAGUGAUUUCUGGGAAGGUAUCAAGGCACACAAUGCCACUGUGACCUGUGCCAUCUUUGCCCCGCAUCCAGAGGCCAUCAUCAAGCCAGAGCCCGAUGAUGAGAUCUCUCAAGAGAAUGCCCAGCAUAGCGUCCCGGAUCCUCUGGUGGAGCAGCACAAGAAGGGCUGUGGCUACGCGUUGGUUAGUGCAGAUUUCAAUGGCGCCAUCAAAGUCUUCAUCAAUAAGACAAAACCCAAGCACAGCAGUUUGCCAUACACAGCAAUUCUCGAUUAAGGAAUAAUCUCCCCUCUAUAGAAUUACCUUUAUGUGAUGCGCCAUUAUCCGUAGAACAGCAGCAGCAGCAACAGUUUUGCCCCUCAAAAUACUUCAACAAGAAAAAAAUUACUGUAGUUAGUGUUUUAACAAUUCGUGCGCGCCUUUUUGCGGUUGAUUUUAGACAGAAAGAGAAGAUGAAGAUGAAAAAAAUGGUAGGCUCGCGAGUGAUUAAAAGGUUCACCCACGUUUUUUCCUUGUCCCUUGGUUCUUUUGUACACAUAUUUAUUAGCACAGCACGUGAGAUUGUAAUUUGUUACCAUUUUGUGCCGCCGUGUAUAUUUUUCCCUGAGAGAUUUGGGGGAAAAAUUGUCGAAGGAUAUUUUUUCUCUCCCGCAUUAUUGUGGAGCGAGUGGGAUGCAAAAUUUAAGAAAUUGUAUUGAUGAUAAAGUAUUUGUUGUGAAAAUUAACAUUAUUUGUAAGGAAAAGCGUGUAGAAGGGAGAAUAAAGUGGAGGAAAAAAUAGGA